AUGUCGUCCCCCUCCGACCAGCCUCCUCCCGAAUCAACCCCUAUCGAGAAACACCCCGGAAGCACCUUGGACAUCGCUCCUCGAGUAGCCGUACAGAUCAAGGAAGAAUGGACCGGAUUCAAUGCCAGUAUUCGAAUUAUCAAGGAUUAUGGACCCGGUGAUCCGGAGUUUGACAACAUGACGCCCAAGGGCAGCACAAAGACUAGCACCAAUGCCCCUCAGGCCGAGAAGGAGUCCUUCAAGGCCGGCGAUAUGGCUGUUUGCGACCACUUUGUCAUCGACGUGCCCGAUAUCAUCAUGGUUAAGAAGAUUCACUUCCGCACUGGCAAGCAUUCGGGCUAUACGGCUUCUAGUGUCAAGCAAGCUAUUCCUCGCGAAUUUGUCGAGUAUGGCUUGCAGAUGGCCGGUCCUGUUACUAUCAAGGACUAG